AGUUUCAUUUUGAGUUUCGAUUUGGAUUUGGAUUUGGUUUUUCUCUCACGAACACGAGCGGAGUUCAUCGCCGUGUUCUUCGCUCCGCCGCCACGGCCGGAUCGGUCCACCGCCCACCCCCCGCAAAUCCCACCGCCCCCUCCCUCUCGAACCUUCCUCCGCCUGCCACGACCCGUCCCGGGGCGGCCUAGGGUUCCCGCGUGCACGCGCGCGAUUUCUAGGGUUUUGGGGUCCUGCUCGGGGCAUGGGCCCUGCGGUUCGGCGGCACUGACGAGCGGCGCCCGCGCCAACUAGAGGAAGGAAGGAGAUGAUUACGGAGAAGCCGAGCUGGAUUCGCCACGAGGGCAUGCAGAUCUUCUCCAUCGAUAUCCAGCCGGGCGGCGUCCGCUUCGCCACCGGUGGCGGCGACCAGAAGAUUCGCAUAUGGAGCAUGAAAUCAGUAGCCAAGGACAAUGACAGUGAAGAUUCCAGCCAAAGGUUGCUGGCUACGAUUCGAGACCAUUUUGGAUCAGUAAACUGUGUGAGAUGGGCCAAGCAUGGCCGCUAUCUUGCUUCGGGUUCGGACGAUCAGGUUAUCCAAAUUCAUGAAAGGAAAGCUGGCACUGGGGCAUCUGAAUUUGGGAGUGGAGAACCUCCGGAUGUAGAAAACUGGAAGGUUGUUAUGACUUUAAGAGGACAUACUGCCGAUGUGGUUGACCUUAAUUGGUCCCCUGAUGACUCAACAUUGGCUAGCGGCAGUUUGGAUAAUACCGUUCACAUCUGGAGCAUGGCCAAUGGCAUAUGCACUGCUGUCUUGCGUGGCCAUUCCAGCUUAGUUAAAGGCGUUACAUGGGAUCCUAUCGGUUCUUUCAUCGCAAGCCAAUCAGAUGAUAAGAGUGUUAUCAUAUGGCGUACAAGUGACUGGAGUCUUGCUCACAGGACAGAAGGCCAUUGGUCAAAAUCACUUGGCUCAACAUUUUUCAGGCGACUUGCCUGGUCACCCUGUGGCCACUUCAUAACCACAACUCAUGGUUUUCAGAAACCUAGGCACUCGGCCCCUGUGCUUGAACGGGGCGAAUGGUCAGCAACCUUUGAUUUUCUGGGGCAUAACGCACCUGUCGUAGUUGUUAAGUUUAACCACUCAAUGUUCCGUAAGCAUUUAUCUACUGGCCAAGACAUAAAGGUGGCACCAGCUGGAUGGGCCAAUGGAGCAUCAAAAGCAUCAUCUAAAGAACAUCAACCAUAUAAUGUUAUUGCUAUUGGGAGUCAGGACCGAACUAUUACUGUUUGGACGACAGCGAGUGCCCGACCAUUGUUUGUCGCUAAGCAUUUCUUCACUCAAAGUGUGGUUGAUUUAUCUUGGAGUCCUGAUGGUUAUUCACUUUUUGCCUGCUCUUUGGAUGGAUCGGUUGCUACCUUUCACUUUGAAACGAAGGAGCUUGGAUACAGGUUAAGUGAUGCUGAACUGGAUGAAUUGAAGAAGAAUAGAUAUGGCGAUGUUAGAGGGAGGCAAUCGAAUCUAGCUGAAAGCCCUGCUCAGUUGCUGCUAGAAGAAGCAUCAGCCAAACAAUCUGCUAGCAAAAAGGUUUCCAGCGUCCAGCAAUUUCAAUCACCCCCCAAAAUUUCUGCAGAUGUACCUAACCCAUCUGCAAGUGUCCCAAAUCAGAAAGCAUCUGAAGCUUUACCUGAAGAAGAGAAGAAAACAGCAGGUUCCACUGCUGAUGACAUAAAUAAAGCUCCUCGAUUAUCUAGUCCAGUGAAACAAAGAGAAUACCGGCGUCCUGAUGGUCGGAAAAGGAUUAUUCCAGAGGCUGUUGGAUUUCCUUCCAACCAGGACAUAUCCAGCCGUUCUCAGAAUCAAGUUGUGGAUUUUUCAUCCCUGGAUCAGCGAAUGGUCAUUGGAGAGAAUGGAGCAAGACCAUCUUAUGGUACUAGCGGUAACUGUAAUAAUUGUGGAGUGAGGGAACGCUCUGGCAUCACAGCAAGAACUAACAUUAGUGAGAGUCUUGUUAUCCAAAAAGCUUCAGCUGGUGCUGGCAAUGAUGGAAGGUUGAGCAUAGAACAGACUGGGUCUGUAGCUCCAGGCUCAUCGGCCUCUUGCUCUUCACUUUCCAUCCAUGUAUUUGAUAAGAAAGACACUGAAGAUUCUUUACCGGUCUGCCUUGAGGCAAAGCCUGUAGAGCGUUCUGCAGGAGACAUGAUUGGGCUCGGUGGUGCUUUGUCAACAAAAGAAACUGAAGUUACAUGUACAAGAGGAACGGAAACUCUCUGGUCAGAUCGCAUCUCCGCCAAGGUGACUGUCUUGGCCGGUAAUGCAAAUUUUUGGGCAGUUGGCUGUGAAGAUGGUUGUCUGCAGGUUUACACAAAAUGUGGAAGGCGAGCAAUGCCAGCGAUGAUGAUGGGAUCAUCAGCUGUUUUUAUAGACUGCGACGAGUGCUGGAAAUUGCUUCUUGUAACAAGGAGGGGCUUGAUGUACAUAUGGGACCUCUAUACCAGGACUUGCAUUUUGCAUGAUUCGUUGGCUUCUUUGGUAACAUCUCCAGAUGAGGCAGCAGGAAAAGAUACCGGUACAGUAAAGGUUAUAUCUGCUAAACUAUCAAGAUGUGGUUCGCCCUUAGUUGUGCUUGCCAGUCGUCAUGCUUUUCUUUAUGACACGGGCCUGAAAUGCUGGCUAAGGAUAGCUGAUGAUUGUUUUCCGGCAUCAAAUUUUGCUAGCUCAUUUAGUUCUACUCAAGGCGGAGAGCUAGGCAAGUUGCAGAUUGAUAUAGGAAAAUUCAUGGCUAGAAAGCCUAUUUGGAGCAGGGUUACAGAUGAUGGGGUGCAGACACGCUCCCAUUUGGAGACCCAGCUGGCAGCUUCAUUGGCUUUGAAGUCUCCACAGGAAUAUCGCCAGUGCCUCUUAUCGUACAUAAGGUUUUUGGCAAGAGAGGCAGAUGAAUCUCGGCUGCGUGAAGUUUGUGAGAGCUUUCUUGGUCCUCCGAUGGGCAUGGUUGAUGCUGCAUCAUCUGCUGAUUUGAAAAAUCCAUCAUGGGAUCCUGAUGUUCUUGGAAUGAAGAAACACAAACUACUAAGGGAAGAUAUACUCCCUUCCAUGGCGACGAACCGCAAGGUCCAACGGCUGCUGAACGAAUUUAUGGACCUCCUUUCGGAGUACGAAGCUGCGGAGACAAACGUUGAGCAAAUGGAUGUCACACCAGCCGCAACAGAAGCCAAUGAUGCCUCGUAGCAGUUUGGCUGGCGUGAUGGCCCAAUUUGGAUUUCUGGGGAAUUUUUACUGACCCUACCUGGGUAAGCGUAGGACAAUUAAGUGCAUACAGCAUAGCAUCUUCUGUUUUGAGAAUUGCCCAUGGCUGAUUUAUGUAGCUGGUAGCCUGUGUUCUUCUUAAUAGCAAGGGUGGGUGUCCUCGGCCAAACAUUAUAACCCGUUAGUUUGUAACGCGAGUGUAACAGUAGAAAGAAAGCGAGGCCACCUGGCCCUGGGUGAUGAUUGUGUAACAGUAAAUCUUUAGAAGGUCAGAUUAAUUAACUUAUGUCCUCUCUUUUUUCCCUCUCACAA